GCGAGUCAAAGCGGUUACGUGAUGAGCGACGAGGAGCAGACCAGAAGAAGUGGUGGUGGUGGUGUUGAUGUGGUGGUGGUGGGUGGAGGGGCGGUUGGGGUGUGCACGGCGUACUACCUGAGCUCGCUUGGGCGUCGCGUGGCAGUGGUUGAGAAGACAGGGGUGGCUUGCGCGGCGAGCGGGAAGGCCGGUGGCUUCUUGGCGAGAGACUGGUGCGAUGGCGGGCCCACAGAGGCGCUAGCUCGGGCGGGCUUCGACUUGCACGCCUCCCUUGCGGAGGAACACGACAACCCGUGGGAGUACCGGCGGCUCAACACCAUCGCUGUCAAGCACUUUACGAGGUCAAAGGACAAAGUACGCACAAAGAGCACGCCUUGGAUUGAUGGCUCCUCCUCCAAGGAGCAGGUCCUUGGCACUCCAGAAACAACAGCCCAAGUCACCCCGGGCAAGUUUGUUCGUGCGCUGAUGCAGGCUGCGCAGAGCCGUGGUGCUGUGCUUGUGGAGGAGGAGGUAACCGGCCUGAUCACUGCCGAGGGUGACGGUGACGGCAGAGAAGGGAAAGGUGGCGAGGCAACCACAACCGCAGAUGCCACCGCAGAUGCGAGGAACCCCCGCAUUACUGGGGUGCGGCUGGCAAGCGGGCAAGAGCUGCGGGCGCCGAAAGUGGUGCUUGCAAUGGGACCGUGGACACACGUGGCACGAGAGUGGCUGCGCAGCGUCCCUGACAUUACGGGCGACAAGGCUCACUCGAUUGUCCUGCGGCCACCACAAGACAGCGGCAUCGACGCCACAGCGGUGUUUAUCGGCUACUCGGACAAAGGCAAGAUGGAGCACCCUGAGAUUUACCCGCGACCAGAUGGGUCUGUGUAUGUGUGCGGGUGCGGCGACAACACGCCUCUCCCGCCGUCUGCAGGCGACAUCACACCAAGCGCAGGGCGAUGCGAGGCCCUCCGUGAGAUUGCUGGCCGCCUGUCGUCCCACCUGCACGGGCUUGUGCCGGAGACAACCCAGGCAUGCUACCUUCCCAUCAGUCCGGAUGGCCUGCCUGCUAUCGGGGAGCUGUGCAGUGGCCUCUACGUCGCUGCCGGUCACUCCUGCUGGGGGAUCCUCAUGUCCCCUUCAACGGGGCGUGCAAUGGCAGAGUUUUUGACCAGCGGCGCCGCAACAUCUGUGGACAUUCGCGCAUUUGAUCCCAAGCGACUCAUCUAACCAGCACCACGACUCGAACAACACCAACACCAACGACAUCAGCAACGAAUUCGUUAUCUGCAGCAUCGAAAGGAGCAGGCAACUUGACAUUCCCGUUGUGAUCGUCAUCUCAUGUGCCAGCGAGUGCCUCAUUCAAUGUGUUCGCAGCGCACUGCACUGUGUUACGCCACCGACAGUUACUACCACCCGACACCACUCUUCGUCUUAUCAUCAAUCUUUUUUUUUAUGUGUCACCAUAAACAACACGAGACAACA